CUCCACACCUCCCGAACGGGCACACUGAAUCGGGACUACUACCAAUCACCGCACCAUUCAGACGAAGAAGACCAAUUCUUCGAUGCUCAGUCAGCUCUGUCCGGUGAGCCUGUGUCAAUCGCUUCCGAUUAUUCCGAUCCGAAAUUAUUGGGAAAACUGUUGACCCUACCGCGUGCCGAAGGUGUCCGUGCCUCGGCCACGAGUUUGCACAGUCUGGUUGAUGCGGACGAGUCCUCCUCGGCGUCGGAUAGUGCAAGUGAAGAACUGGCACGAAUGAAACCGGAAUCCAGUCCCCGAGAGUCGGCUGCUGAAAGCCGACGCGUCUCAGCUGUGGAGAGCCCGAAAUCGAAAGUCCCCGAUGAUCGACCGAUUGUCCCCGGGCGGCAGCGUCGUGCGGCCAUUCGACCCUCACCCAAAGUGGCCCUCAACUUGUGGAGCAUCAUCAAAAAUGGGAUUGGCAAAGAUCUCACGAAAAUUCCCAUCCCCGUAAGUUGA